UGUCAUAAGGCCUGAGUCUCUUAAAAACAAGCUCCUUCUAAAUCUGCGCUGCGACAGAACUCAGCACAGUGUACCGGCACUUUUUAUUACAGCAUUGGGAUUUCAAGGAGGUGGAGGUCAGGCAGCCUUCAAGCCAGAUUCGGUUACACAGGUGCAGAUAGAAAGGAAGGGAGACAGGGAAAGGGCCGCUCCAGGUUUUCCUGUUCAAACCUGUGUGACAAAAGGCAAGAGAAGGAGGAUUUAGAGGGCAGCCCCAACUGAGCAAAGGGCAGAGGUUCCGCCGGUUACCGAAAAGGACAAGUGCAUCAUGAGGAAUUCGACUCAGCAGCCAGCAGAAAGCUCCAUGCCACUGAAUCCUGGGCAGCCAGUUCCUCGACCAGGUCAACGCAGAAAACCCAUGACAGACGCAAAGCCUCAGAAUGACAAGGCGUCGAAGGCGAGGAAAAUAUUAUUCGGUAUUCUCAUAGUGGUGUUGAUUGUGGGAAUACUGGUCGUUGCAGGAAUCUUUAUUGCAAAGCUAAUUGAAAGCAAAUACUACUUCUGCAAAAACUCAGUAAAGUUCAUCCCACUCGACAAAGCCUGCGAUGGGGAGAUCGACUGCUCUGGAGGGGAAGAUGAACGUCAUUGUUUAUCAUCAUUUACAGCAAACACCACAUUUCCAGUGCGCCUCAUUUCUGAUCAGCGUGUCCUCCAAGUGUACAGCCCUGACUCAGGUUGGAGGACGGUGUGCAAUGACGACUGGAGCGAAAAGCACACCCAGACUGCUUGCACACAGCUGGGAUACACAAAUUCCCCUACGAGCAUCAAAGUUGAAGUUGGCGCUUUGCCAUCGCCUCUAAAAACCGGACCGUUCGCUGCAGUCAGGACCGGGAGUGCAAGCACACCCGUACAUCAGGCUUCCAUUGAUCGCAGCGUGUGCAGAACUGGAUCUGUGGUCUCAUUGAUGUGCUCAGACUGUGGAGAUGUUGAGAGUAAAGACCGCAUUGUUGGGGGUGUAGAUGACUUUAUAGAGAACUGGCCCUGGCAAGUCAGCCUGCAAGAGCAGGACAGCCACGUGUGUGGAGGCUCACUGGUGUCACCACGUUGGGUUGUCACUGCCGCCCACUGCUUUCCUAACAAUAAAAGAAUACCGAGUCGGUGGAGAGUGAUGUCUGGAGAGACACACAUGACCACAUUAGGAGGCUCCUCAGUGGACAGGAUCAUAAUCCAUGGACAAUAUGACAGCUCAUUCAACUACGACGUGGCAAUGAUGAGACUCAGAAGCCCGAUCACAGUAGGAGACAAACGCAAGCCGGCGUGUCUGCCUCCUAAAGACCUGAGCCUCCCAAACAAAGCCCCGGUAGUUGUUACAGGCUGGGGAUUGCUGAAAGAAAAUGGUAAAGCUGCAACUACACUGCAAAAGGUUAACAUCGAGAUUAUCGAUCGAAGUACGUGUUCGAGCCCGGCAGUCUACGGCUCUAGCAUAACGCAGAGAAUGAUCUGUGCUGGCAACUUGAAAGGAGGAGUGGACGCCUGCCAGGGCGAUAGCGGGGGCCCUUUGGUGUACUUUUCCUCCUCUCGGUGGAAUCUGGUGGGAGUGGUGAGUUGGGGUGUCGGCUGUGCACAGGAAAGCAAACCUGGCGUCUACAGCAACGUAGAUGAAAUGCUCAACUGGAUCUAUACAGUCAUGGAGAAAAACCAAUGAUGUCCCCAUGUGACCAGAGCGAUGACUUUGGGCCUUUUUACCUGUGACAAACUGUGAAACUCAAAUGUUUUAGCACUGCCUUAUGAUAAUAAGGGAAGGACAUCGGGGGGGAUGGAGAGCUGAAUAUCCACAUCUACAGUAAAACAGACCGUUGACCAGCUGUAAAGAUUAGGCCACAUCAACAUGCACAGAGACAUGUAUUUUCUCACAUUGUGCCAUUUAUUUAUCUCAGGGAACCUGUUGGUGGUUUGCAAUAGAUCCAAAAUGUUUUAAUUGAUAUUGAAGCCGUUUUUUUUUUGUUUUUUUUUGCUGCUAUUGUAUAAACUCUGGAAACAGUUCUUGGCUGGAAAAGGCAGUGGGAGCAGAUUAUUUAUCUCAACUUUUUUGUUUUUUCUGGAUGCUUUUAUGGUACAGAGUUGACACUCUUCUCUACAGUCAAUAGUGAUCUACAGCAGGAUUUUAGUGGUAAUUCAGGAUUGUUUUCUAUUAGUGUGGACAAAGACAACUGGGUGAUGUUCACGGAUUACAAAUAUUACGCCUCUUGCUAGGCUAUCCAUCCUGAAUUUCAGAGUAUCAUGCCGUCUUCAGGAUCCUCACCUCUACGGUCUUACCAAAACCGCUCAGCAAAGGACUUUAGCCAUCCCUCUUUUAUCUGUUGCACUUGAUAAACUGGAAAUGAGUCAUUUCUAUAGAAGCAAACUCUAAUAUGCUUGUGAAUAUUUAACGGAUAACAGGUGUAACAAUUGAAAUGAAUUGUUUUUUUUUGCUGCUGUUUAGUUUUAACAUAUACCUGUAAGUAAAUAUCUGUAAAUAUGUCUGUAAAUAUGUCAAACAUUUUCACAACUUGGUGUGUGUUAUUUUUGUUAAAGUGACAUUAAAAACAUGAUCCCUAA